UAGUUUUAGCCAAGCUGGUUGGGCUUGGGGCGCCUAUAAAACGCGCGUCAAUCCAAGAACGUCUCCGGUGGAUAUGAAACAUUAGACAGACAUCAGAGAAUCAAAGACAAGAGACUGAGUAGGUGCCAGCUCAACCUUUGGAGAUGAUCGUGGAGUGUGUCUUCGCAGGCAUCGUCGCUUCCCUGUUAGGUUUUGUUCUCUUGUACCGUUCGCUUGGAAGGAAGGAGGAAGAGGAGAUCAGAAGAGCUACCGUGGAGAUCCGAAACGAAUGCGUGAGGAGCUCCAUAAACGGAGAAUGCAGAUCGGAGAGCUCACAAAAUACCGAUGUUAUCAUUGUUGGAGCCGGCGUUGUUGGUUCUGCUCUCGCGUAUACGCUUGGCAAGGAUGGACGCAGAGUGCAUUUGAUAGAGAGGGACUUGACAGAGCCUGACAGGAUAGUUGGCGAACUAUUACAACCAGGGGGCUACCUGAAGUUGGUUGAGUUGGGUCUUGAGGAUUGUGUGGAGGAGAUUGAUUCCCAACGAGUAUUUGGGUAUGCUCUUUUCAAGGAUGGGAAGAAUACUAGAAUACCAUAUCCAUUGGAAAGAUUCCAUUCAGAUGUGUCUGGGAGGAGCUUUCAUCAUGGGCGCUUCAUACAACGCUUACGGGAGAAAGCAGCAUCUCUUCCCAAUGUACAAUUGGAGCAGGGAACAGUUACAUCCUUACUUGAAGAAAAGGGGACUGUUGAAGGCGUAGCAUACAAGGCUAAGACUGGUGAAGAGCUAAAUGCAUUUGCACCUCUUACAAUUGUAUGUGAUGGUUGUUUUUCCAAUUUGCGCCGUUCUCUCUGUAAUCCAAAGGUGGAUAUCCCGUCUUGUUUUAUUGGUUUGAUCUUGGAGAACUGUCAACUUCCACAUCCAAAUCAUGGGCAUGUCAUUUUAGCGGACCCUUCACCAAUCUUGUUUUAUCCCAUCAGCAGUACAGAGAUUCGCUGUUUGGUUGAUAUACCUGGGCAAAAAGUACCUUCUAUUUCUAAUGGUGAAAUGGCCAACUAUUUGAAGACUAUGGUGGCCCCACAGAUCCCCCCUGAGCUUUAUAAUUCCUUUAUAGCAGCAGUGGACAAAGGCAACAUAAGAAGUAUGGCAAACAGAAGCAUGCCAGCUUCUCCUUAUCCUACUCCUGGAGCAUUGUUAUUGGGGGAUGCAUUUAAUAUGCGGCAUCCUUUAACUGGUGGAGGAAUGACCGUGGCAUUGUCUGAUAUUGUUGUGCUACAGAAUCUCCUUAAGCCUCUGCGUGAUCUGAAUGAUGCAUCCUCACUGUGCAAAUAUCUUGAGUCAUUCUACACCUUACGCAAGCCGGUGGCAUCUACGAUAAAUACAUUAGCAGGUGCUCUAUACAAGGUGUUCUGUGCUUCACCUGAUCAAGCAAGGAAGGAAAUGCGCCAAGCAUGUUUUGAUUAUUUAAGCCUUGGAGGUGUUUUCUCAACAGGGCCAGUGGCUUUACUUUCUGGUCUAAAUCCUCGCCCAUUGAGUUUGGUUUGUCAUUUCUUUGCCGUGGCUCUAUAUGGUGUUGGUCGUUUAUUACUUCCAUUUCCUUCUCCAAAACGCCUCUGGGUGGGAGCUAGAUUGAUUUCGGGUGCAUCAGGUAUCAUCUUCCCCAUUAUAAAGGCUGAAGGAGUAAGGCAGAUGUUUUUCCCAGUAACUGUCCCAGCAUAUUACAGAUCUCCUCCUGCUAAUUGAGAAAAAAAAAGGGUUGAAAAUUCAUGAUAAGACGGGUUAUUAUGUUAUGGUUCUGUUAUCCAUCAAGAUCAAGACAAGCUCGUUUGUGUGAGUGUGACUGCCCUUCCUUUAUUCAAAGUUGAGGAGAGAAGGCUGUCAAAAGUCAAAGAGGACUAAAAUGCAACAAGUUUCUUUCGUUCUUAUCACGUGUACUAAUUACUGGUUAUCCAAACGUGUGAAUAACUUUUCUUUGUGAUCCGGAAGUAUGUAAUUGUUAGGACAUGCUGGAUUAUCUCUGAUUUAGAAUAUUUUCGUUUUAUCCAUUUAUUUUUCUGUUGGAAAUCA